AUGGCUGAUACUAUAGAAAAUUCAAACGCUGCCACUGCUUCUACCACACAGGCUGAGCCUACCGAUACUACUACUACUACUACUACUACUACUACUACUACUGAUGAACAUCCUGAAAAGUUCUUCAAGACCGUUAGCGAGACUGUCGAGGGUCUCAGAGACACUGGUGCUGAAGAUGCUGAAGGUCACCCAGUUCAAGAAAUUGAAUCCAUGUGCAUGAAUUGCCACAAAAACGGUACUACUCGAAUGCUUCUCACAUCUAUCCCUUAUUUCCGUGAAAUCAUCAUCAUGUCCUUUAGCUGCCCUCAUUGCGGUUUCCGCAACUCCGAAGUUCAAGCUGCUGGUCAGAUUCAAGAAAAGGGCUGUAAAUAUACCCUUCGUGUCGAAACACCCAAGGACUUGACACGCCAAAUUAUCAAGUCUGACUAUUGUGCAUGCAAGUUUGCAGAACUCGACAUUGAAAUUCCUGCAAAGCGUGGCCAGAUUUCCUCCGUUGAAGGUCUUUUGAAUCAAGUUAAGGAAGAUCUUGAAGGUGAUCAACCUUCUCGUAAGACCACUGAUGAACAUCUUUACAACCAAAUUCAAGAAGUCAUUGAAAAAAUUAAAGCAGCAAUUGCAGGACAAACACUUCCUCUGACUGUCAUUCUUGAUGAUCCUUCAGGAAACUCGUGGAUUGAGUUUGUCCCCGGUGAAGCUUCUCACAAAUGGUCGCACGUUGAGUACUUCCGCUCAAACGAACAAAAUUCUUUCCUUGGCCUUGAUGUGGCAUCGGGAUCUGAUCAACCACAAGAAACUAAUCCCUCCGGUGCUUAUGCCAUGCAAACUUCUUCUCUUAACGAUUAUGUCCCCAUGGGUACUACUGCUUCACAACAGACUGAUAAGCCAUCAGGUCUCCGCAACCAAUCUGAAUCUGCCCAUGUAGCUUCUGCUGCCGAGGAAGACAUCAAUGGUGAAGUCCACACAUUCGAAGUACCAUGUCCUGUGUGCCACUAUAUUGCUCCUACCCAUAUGAAGGUUGUCAACAUUCCCCACUUUAAAGACGUUAUUCUUAUGUCUCUGUCCUGUGACAAGUGCGGCUACAAAUCUAACGAAAUCAAAACCGGCGGUGCUAUCCCAGCACAGGGCCGCAGAAUCACACUUAAGGUCACCGACCCUGAUGACCUUUCCCGUGAUAUCCUUAAAUCAGAGACUGCCGGUCUUAAGGUUCCAGAAUUACAUCUAGAUCUGACACCAGGAACUUUGGGUGGCCGUUUUACGACUCUUGAAGGUUUGUUGCGCCAGGUUCAUGAUGAACUCGAAACAAAGGUCUUUUCUGAAACUUCAGACUCUAUGGAAGUUGAAACCAAAACUAAUUGGACAAGAUUUUUGAACCGUCUGGAGGAAGCAACAGAUGGAAAAGUUGAAUUUACCGUUGAGCUUGAAGAUCCUUUGGCUGGCUCAUACAUUCAGAAUCCCUUUGCUCCUGAUCCAGACCCAAAUAUGACUGUUGAAGACUACGACCGUACUUUUGAACAGAACGAGGAUCUGGGUCUCAACGAUAUACAUGUUGACAGCAACCAACCCACUGAAACUACAGGAAACUAA